AUUAUUUAAUGGGUUUUUUGGGGCGCAAAGACACAAAAGGAGAAGAAGCUCCUUGGCCCUUUCCUGGCAGAGAUCUUGAUGGGCUGAUCAGACUACCAACCACCCAACAUAAAACGACAACCUCUGAGACUUCAUUAAACUCUGAAACUCUCUCUCUUCUCUGUCUCUCUCAUGGCGAUCGCUGCUGCUUCUUCACUUCCUCUCGGUCCUUGUCAUAAUCAUUCAUGCCAUGCAGAAGGAGUUUGUUGUUCAACAUCAUAUGGGAUCACAAACAAUUUCAAAAAACCUACUUUCGAUGGUCGAAGAGUUGCUGAUCAUCCCAGCAUAAGGAAUCCAAUUUUUGGGUCAACACAAUUCCACUGGCUGUCUAUUGGACAUGAUGUUUGCCCUUGGAAAGUUUCAGUGGCUGCUGACUAUUCGGAUUUUGUUCCUGAUUCGUCUAGUUACAGGACUAAAGGAGGUUAUCAUCCUCUGGAAGAGUUAAAGGUGUGCAAAAAGAGCCGGGAGACUAAACUUACUUCUGCUGAAAUAGCAAGGACAACGGUUGAGGAUAAUAGCAGUGCGUUGCUGAUAUUCCCUGGGACUGUACAUUGUGAACCACAUGAACAAAUUUCAUGGGCUGAGUUUCAAUAUGUUAUUGAUGAUUAUGGAGAUCUAUAUUUUGAAAUUUUUGAUGACGGAAACAUCUUAGAGGACCGUGCAGCUAGUAACCCUGUGAAUGCUUUGAUUGGGAUGGACAUGCCAAUAUAUGAGAACAGACGGACGGUUGGUGAAUACAACAUUUCAGAUAGCAGUAGUGAGGAAAUUCCCUUUGAUGAUGAUUAUUUUGAGGUUGUAGAAUCAGAAGUCUCCGAAAUUCCAGUGGAUUGGGGGAUGCCAGAUACUUCUAGUUUGACUCAUCCUAUAUAUUUUAGCAAAUGCUUGACGAAGGCCAUCAAUAUGGAAUAUGAUAAGAAAAUGGAUCAUCCAUCAAAUGGUGUUUCUAUUUUGGGGUGCCUCAGACCUGCUUUUGCAGAUGAAGAAUCAUAUAUAAGAAAGCUGUUUUACUAUGAAGGUAGUGAUGGAUAUAAUUUGGAUUGGAAAGAUGGUGAAACUUUGAGCAUUAAUUCAAGAAGUGAUGGAAGUGACGCUGCCUCAACUCUGUACAGAUUGGAGACAAUGAGAAUAGAGCUGUUCUCUGUGUAUGGUAUUCAGUCUGAAAUUAGUUUGCAAGACUUCCAAGAUGCGGAGCCUGAUUUUCUUGUGCACUCUACUUCAGCAAUUGUAGAGCGCUUCAGUGAAAAAGGUAUUCAGUGUGAUGUGGCUCUUAAAGCUCUUUGCAAAAAGAAAGGUCUUCAAGUUGAGGGAGCUAAUUUGAUUGGCGUUGACAGUCUUGGAAUGGAUGUCAGAGUCUUCUCGGGGUUGGAAGUACAAACUUAUCGUUUUCCCUUCAAAGUUCGAGUCACCUCUGAAGUUUCAGCAGAAAAGCAGAUACAGCAACUUUUGUUUCCUCGGUCUCGUCGUAAAAAGCUGAGAACUCAUGGGAAUGGUUAUAGAGAUUCAAUUCAAAGAGCAUGAAGAGGUUGCAAGGCAAUCUGCGUUUAUAGUAUUAGCAACCGAGAGGAACCCAAAAGUGGCUGCACAUGUGCCAGCACAGGAGUUUCAUAAGACAAAACUCUUUAAGGAGAAGAAGAAGACCCAUAAUCACCAUUCCUGCUUUGAUGGGGUCAGGAACGGCUUAGAAAUGGGUUAGUUUAACUUUUACUUUUAUAUGAUUUGUUUAGUUUCUACGUAGAGGGGAUGUGCUGAUGUGCACCAUUUGCACUUUCUUUGUUUAGAUAUUCAUCUAUAAAAGUAAGGUCCUCUUGAAUCUUGAUACUAGUAGAAGAAAUAAAUCGUUUCUAGACUCGGAUAAGUGAUUUUUGCUCCCUCUGAAAUAAGUCUUCUAAAAGGUACAAGAUAUGGAAGUCUGAAUUACACCACCGACUUGAACAAAGUACGACUUACAUUUAGAAAUAAUUUAUUUUUUAGUUAAAUAUAAUGGUUACGUUGUAACAUCUUCAUUUCUAAUACUAUAGCUCCAACGAUCCAAUUGUUGAAUUGGCUAAUAUUUUUGGAGAGAAUCUUGAGUAGUUUGUCAGAUUCAGAAGUUAAAAUUUUGGUAUUGGCUUUUCAUUCUUA